CUGAAAGGUCCAGAGGGUGAAAGGUCUCAACGGACUCAGAGGAGAGUUGAAAAUCUCCACGUGGACGAUGACCCGUGAUGUUUUCCCCUGGCUGCUGCUGGUCCUGUCUGUGCUCAGGACGUCCCGCGGCUGCCUCCAGGACCCGGCUGCUGCCCACAGAGUGACCGGAGCGGUGUGCCGCCUCACCCACCCUGCUGCUGCCGUGUUGAAUGAGAAAACCACGAAGGUGAUCGAGGCGGCGUUCCAACACGCCAGAUACCCGAGUGUCACAGGAGAGAAAUCCAUACUCUUCGUUGGCAAAGUCCAAUACAGCCUGGACAAUUUGGAGAUUCACAACCUGACGAUUGGUCAAAGUGCGUUUGAGCUGCUUCCAGGUGAAGGCGUGGCCAUGGACAUCAGCAACGUGUCGGCGACCUUCAGAGGAACCAUCCGGUAUGGAUACGGCAGCUGGCUCAUCAACGUUGCUCAUUCAAUCGACUUCGAGAUCGAGUCUCACAUCGAUCUCGGCAUCAACCCCAAACUCUACUGUGGUGAAGGAAAAGUGGCAGCAGACACGUCCGACUGUUACCUGAACUUCCACAAGCUCCGCCUUCAUCUGCAGGGUGACAGAGAACCGAACUGGCUGAAGAGGCUCUUCACCGACUUCAUCACCUUCACCGUCAAGCUGGUCAUCAAGGGUCAGAUUUGCAAGGAGAUCAACAAGGUGGCAAAUAUCCUGGCUGACUUCAUCCAGAGCACAGCAGAGCAGUUCCUCAGUGAUGGAAACAUCAGCUUUGACAUCGGUGUGACCACUGCUCCUGUCAUCACCGCAAACUACAUCGAGUCGUACCACAAGGGCUUCACCCGGUACAACAACACCACGGCCGCCGUCAGGGACUCCGGGUUCCAGCCGACUCAGCUCACCGAACACAGGAUGCUUUACUUCUGGGUCUCAGACCAGGUCUUUAACCCUUUGAUCGCGGCCGCACACAAAGACGGACGCUUCCACCUCAACGUCUCUGGAGCAGAACUCACUGAACUGUUCAAGACGAAUCUCUCCAGUGCGACGCCCGAAUUCUUCAGAAAGUGUUUGUUAGAAUCCGGAUCUCCAGAGCUCAGCGUGUGGAGCUCGGCUGUUCCCUUCCUCAACACCUCCACCCUGGGCACGAGGCUGUGGGCAGAGGCCUCUGGGCGGCUCAGCUGUGGGAAUCAAACGCCGGAGCUCUUCUUCCAAACGGACGUGGUCGUGGACGUCUUGGCUUCCUACGCUGACAAGAAGCUCUUCCUGCAGGGGAAACCUUCAGAGAUCUUUGUGAUCCGAGAUGAUCGGCCGUCACUAAAUCAAACGCUGGUGGAUGAGCUGGAGUUCCUCAGAGAAGCUGUGGAGAAGGUUGGAAUCCCCAAAGUGAUGUCUGUUCUUGAGGUUGAAGUCACCAGACUGUUGGACAAACAGGGAACCAACCAAUUCGACAUCUUUAACCCUGAAGUUCUUCCUCAGGACGGCUUUGUGGUGAUUCAGAUGGACUUUGGUUUCCCUCAUCACCUGCUGGUUGAAUUCCUGAAGAAGACACUCCAGUGACUCAGCAACACUUUGGACCGGAAGUGAUGACCUCACAGGAAAUGUCCCGUUCACUGUGAUUCUCAGAAUGUUUCUUUUAUCCUUUUCACUACAUUUUAUAAACUUGUUUUCUUGUUUUUCUUUGUCCUCGUUGGGAAUCACUUGUGAAAACUGCUGUAUAAAUAAAGUUAUUAUUAUCAUUA